AGCGCGGGCCUUCCAGCCCGAGGAUCCUCUUCCGCGCUUGCUUGCUACCCCGUAGGCCGGCCGCGCAGCCCCCUCCCCCAGCGAUGGACGCCGCCAAGAAGCGGGUGCUCGUCCCGGUCGCCGACGACUCGGAGGAGAUCGAGACGGCGUGCAUCACCGACACGCUCGUGCGCGCGGGGGCCGAGGUCGUCGUGGCGAGCGUGUCGGGCAACCCCCUGGUGAAGAUGUCGAGGGGGCUCAAGGUCAUGGCGGACUGCCUCAUCGAGGAGUGCGUGGACAAGGAGUGGGAUGCCGUCGCCUGCCCUGGCGGCAUGCCUGGCGCCGAGAGGCUCCGGGACAGCGAGGCGCUGACCAAGAUCCUGAAGGCGCAGUCGGAGAAGUCCAAGCUGACCGCGGCCGUCUGCGCGAGCCCUGCAGUGAUCUUCGGCGCGCACGGGCUCCUGCCCAAGGUGGCCACUUGCUACCCGGUCCAGAAGUUUAAGGACACUGUCGGGGAGGCCUGGGUGGACGAGAAGGCCGUGGUGGACGGGCACAUCAUCACUGGCCAGGGCCCUGGCACGAGCCUGCACUUUGCGCUGAAGAUCGUGGAGUCCAUGUACGGCCGUGAGAAGGCGGAGGAGAUCGGAAAGGCAUUGCUCUUGCCGCUCUAGUGAGCGCUGGUCGAGAUGCGGGCGGUGCAGGACUUUCGGCAACUAGGAAAAACCGCUGGGAUAACAGGCCGAUGGUAGCGCAUUCGGACACCAGUCAUAAUAGUGUUCCCAGGACGGGCCACGGUACGGUUUCCGUGUUCAGGUUUGUCUCGCAUCAUGAAGGCUCAGGCCUCCAUGUUUUAGCCACUGCUUAGGGUCAAUGAGUCGAGUCAAGAUUCUCAACACAUUCUCUGAUGAUCCGUCGCGGUAUUUCAUCGUUGGCAAAUUACUUGCGGUCAAAAA